GGCUAAGUGAGGACCCCAGCCCAGCAGCAGCCGGAGCGCAGCGUUAGGGGAGUGCGGGAGAGGACUCCAUGGGUAGCGCAGACCGACAUGGUGAUGGACAUCAACAGCAGCGGCGGCGGUGUCUCGGACCCAAGCUACUACAGUAGCCUCCGCUCCUUCCUGCUGCAGGAGGUGGGACAAGGUCUCCGCGACCUGAGCCCCGACGGCGGCGGCGGUGGCAGUGACGGGAUGAUCUCGGGCUCCUGGGAGCCGCGUCUGCUGCAGGUGAUCCAGGAGGUCACGGCCAGUCCGGAGCCAGGAUUCCUCCCAGGCAACAACACCGGCUGCGGGGAGCAGAUCAACUACGGCAACACCGAGAAAGUUGUGAUCGGGGCCAUCCUGUCCCUCAUCACGCUGCUCACCAUCGCGGGCAACUGUCUGGUGGUGAUCUCCGUCUGCUUUGUCAAGAAGCUCCGUCAGCCCUCCAACUACCUGAUAGUGUCGCUGGCCCUGGCCGACCUCUCGGUGGCCGUGGCUGUCAUGCCCUUCGUCAGCGUCACGGACCUCAUCGGAGGCAAGUGGAUCUUCGGACACUUCUUCUGCAACGUCUUCAUCGCCAUGGACGUUAUGUGCUGCACGGCUUCGAUCAUGACCCUCUGUGUGAUCAGCAUUGAUAGGUAUCUAGGGAUAACAAGACCCCUGACAUAUCCGGUGAGACAGAAUGGCAAAUGUAUGGCCAAAAUGAUCCUUUCCGUGUGGCUUCUCUCUGCUUCGAUCACUUUACCUCCUCUCUUUGGCUGGGCUCAGAAUGUUAAUGACGAUAAAGUUUGCUUAAUCAGCCAGGAUUUUGGCUACACAAUUUAUUCCACUGCAGUUGCAUUUUACAUCCCCAUGUCUGUGAUGCUUUUCAUGUACUACCAGAUUUACAAGGCUGCCAAGAGAAGUGCUGCUAAACAUAAAUUUACCGGGUUUCCCCGGGUUGAAGAAAACAACGAAGGUGUCAUUUCAGUCAAUGGCAUGGUGAAGCUCCACAAGGAUCCCGAAGAGUGUGCCAAUUUUUCCAGACUCCUUAAACAGGAGAGGAAAAACAUCUCCAUCUUUAAAAGGGAGCAGAAAGCAGCCACCACCCUUGGGAUUAUUGUCGGGGCCUUUACUAUAUGUUGGCUACCGUUUUUCAUCCUCUCGACAGCAAGACCAUUUAUCUGUGGGACUUCCUGUAGCUGCAUCCCCUUGUGGAUGGAGAGAACAUUCCUGUGGCUAGGCUAUGCAAACUCCCUCAUUAACCCUUUUAUAUAUGCCUUCUUCAAUCGAGACCUGAGGACCACCUAUCGCAACCUGCUGCAGUGCCGAUACAGGAAUAUCAACCGGAAACUUUCAGCUGCAGGGAUGCACGAAGCUCUGAAGCUGGCCGAGAGACCUGAAUUUGUGCUGUAAGACAAAACUCUGACUACAGUCGGAAAAAAAGUCAUGAUUCAUGAUGCAGAGCAGAAUGAUGGAGCCUGAAAUCAACAAGGGGUGAAAGAGGUGACUCACUCCUGGUGAAGAAGUUUCUGGCUUUCAAAACGCAGCUUCUCCUGUGGGAGGAACCAUUCAAAUGUGACAUCAACAUGGAUGAUCCAUUGUAUGACAUGCGCUGAUCUGGAGCGGGAUGAUCUCUCACUCUCUCUUGCUUGCUCUCCAUUUGUAAAUCAAUGCUCUUGUGUACAAAUGAAAAUCAAUGUCUGCGUAUGACAGCAAGAUCAUGUUUUAGCAAUAAGCACAUCGACAAAACUGAGUUCCAUAGAAGAUGGAAACACAGUUUCUAGUGCUUCACAUCUGUCUAAAUAUGUAUAAGUGAAAGGAAGUCCUAAUUCACUGUCCCCAUGCUUCUGAGGCAAGAUGUUAUUAUGAAAAUUCAGGGAUCAUUGGUGAAAAAAAGAGCUGUAUUUUGUUGUAUAACAAAUAGAUAUUUUUUGAGCAAACGCUGGUAAGUCAAGUGUUGAAAAUGUUGCAUGCUCGUGUUAGAAAACAAAACUACUGUAGUCCGCUAAUACAAACCUAGUCCCAAGGCAUUGUUUAUUUAAAGCCCCUGUCAGGUAGUUUGGCUUUUUUACAGAGGCCCCUGUGUCUUUCCCACAAAAGUACUUUAUGUCUUGAUCUACUUAUUGUUCCUGUAGGACUCAUGAAUGGAUCUAAGGCUGGAAAGGGCCAGAAAGCUUGGCUAUAGAUUUCCCUUUGCUAACAGUUCUUCCUCAGGGUGCUGAGAGAUUAGGGUAAUUAAUUUCCCAAGGUUCUUGGCAAUCCAAGGGGGGAGAAAAGGCUACACUGGGAGCAAUCUGUCAGUCAACAAGCAUUCAUUAAGCACUUACUGUGUACGUAAGUGCUGGGGAUACUAAGAGAAGAAAGAACAGAAUGGGUUUUCCAAACCUUGAAAUGCUUUGUGUUCCAAUAACUGGUAGAUGCCAUUUUGUGACCAGUGGGAUUGCACUUCAAGGCUGGUAUGCUUGUCCCCUGCAUGCUUCUGAAUGUUCAGUGGGAAGACCUACUUCCUUUGAGCAUAAUUGUGCCCAACUUUGUGAUAUGAGUUUGAUGGAAAAAGCAGUGAGGAAGAGCUGGAGUGCCCUAGAACCUUGGCUGAAAGCUCCUGAGAAGGCCAUUAGACUAAUUCACUGUGAUGCCUGCAUCUUAAAGCAAAUGUGUGCCUUGAGUGAUGCAAUUCUAUCUUGUGUAAGGUCAACAAUCAGAGCAGGCUGCUGAACAGAAAUGAACCUGUCAUUGAUCUGACUUGUCAAACUAUGAGGUUCAAUAAAUACAGGCUACAAAAAUGGUAGUAAUCCUGAGACAGCAGGCCUGAGAGGAGGAAGCCUUGAGCCCAGGUGAUGGAUGGAGAAUCCUACCAGCAGAUGGAUUUUCCCCACAGUACAGGAGAUGAUGCAACCCCAGGACUUUGCGGCUUUCUAAUAGAGGCCCCAGACCAGAUGUGCAUGACUUUGCUUCGGCUUUGACUCUUACCAGAACCAGAGAAGCACCUUCAUCUCAGACAAAGAGGAGAUGGGUGCUUACCUUCUAGACGAAGCUGUAUCAAUAUCUUAACUGCAGGCUUCAUAGAGUGACUGUACAUAAUUAUAUUCAUAAUUUAAAGGAUUAACUAUAGUAAGAUAAAUGUUGUGUUCCAUUUGCAAAUGUUUUAUUACAUUAAAUCGAAUAAAGUUUAUUUAU